GCCCGCGCCUCCGGCGCUGGGGGAGGAGAGGGGUGCGGCUCAGGGGCCCGGCGUCAGCAGCGGGCGCUGGCCUCAGCUAACCGCACCCCCCGCCCCGUCACCAGCGCCGCCACCGCCUUAUAGGUGGCCCGCCGCAGUCGCAGGGCCAUGGGGCUCAUCAGCGCUCUCCCACCAUGGAGCCGGUCGAGAGGUUCCAGCUGGACGCGCUUGCCUACCUGCAGUGCGCCCUGGGCCUCGUGGGCUCCGUGGUGCUCAGGCGGAUGGACUCGGUCUACGGGCGCUACGCGUCGCCGGGCCCCGCCUUUCGGGUGUCAGCGCGGGCCGCCUGGGCGCUGCAGGAGCUGCCCUCGCUGGCCGUGCCGCUGUGGGUGUGCGCCGGCACGGCGGCCGAGCGCCUCCGCCGCGCGCCCAACCGCAUCCUCCUGGCCAUGUUCCUCGUCCACUACGCACAACG